UUAGCUAUCAAAUUUAUUUUUUCAAACUUUCCAAACAUCCAAAUUCAUUUAUUUAAAUGCCUUUCAGCUAUAAUCUACAACCCAACAGGUGACAGUUAAAAAGCUGCAUGACUGCUUCGCCUUAAAUUUGUUAGCACCAGCCUACGUACUCAUCUUUGUCUAGGAGGCAUUGCCGCAUCGAGUAGCUACUCGCUAUCUGCCUCGUCUAUUUCUUUCCUCUACCUCUUUGAAUUUCAGAGAUGUCGGUUGUAGGGCAUAGAGGAAUUCAUUACUUGCAGAAACUAAAAGCUGCGAACAUCCCUGCUGAGUUGAUAGAGAAGGGCCAAAAUCGCGUUAUUGAUGCUUCUCUUACUCUUAUUCGCGAGAGAGCAAAGCUUAAGGGAGAGCUUGUGCGCGCUCUAGGAGGUGUUGUAGCAUCUUCAUCUCUUCUUGGUGUUCCUCUGGGACAUAACUCAUCAUUUCUUCAGGGCCCAGCGUUUGCUCCUCCUCGAAUUAGAGAGGCCAUCUGGUGUGGUAGCACUAACUCGGCAACUGAAGAAGGGAAGGAAUUAAAUGACCCUCGGGUUCUAACUGAUGUUGGUGAUGUCCCUGUCCAAGAAAUUCGAGAUUGUGGUGUAGAUGAUGACAGAUUGAUGAAUGUUAUAAGUGAGUCCGUCAAGCCAGUGAUGGAAGAGGAUCCAUUACGUCCAUUAGUUUUAGGUGGUGACCAUUCAAUAUCUUUUCCUGUGGUACGGGCUGUCUCUGAGAAGCUUGGCGGACCUGUGGAUAUUCUUCAUCUGGAUGCUCAUCCGGAUAUAUAUCAUGCUUUUGAAGGAAAUAUAUAUUCUCAUGCAUCGCCAUUUGCCCGAAUAAUGGAAGGUGGUUAUGCGCGGCGGCUAUUGCAAGUGGGUAUCAGAUCAAUCACAAAAGAAGGCCGUGAGCAGGGCAAAAGGUUUGGAGUGGAGCAAUUUGAAAUGAGAACCUUCUCAAGAGAUCGCCAGCUUUUGGAAAAUUUGAAAUUAGGGGAAGGUGUAAAGGGUGUUUAUAUAUCGAUAGAUGUGGACUGCCUUGACCCUGGUUUUGCUCCUGGUGUAUCUCACAUUGAGCCUGGCGGUCUCUCUUUCCGUGAUGUUCUCAACAUUCUCCACAACCUUCAAGCUGACGUUGUUGCAGCAGAUGUGGUUGAAUUCAAUCCACAGCGCGACACUGUUGGUGGGAUGACUGCAAUGGUUGCUGCCAAGCUGGUAAGAGAACUGACUGCAAAGAUAUCGAAAUGAUAAACUUCUCAAAUUUGGGAUUCCUUGCUGCUCCUGGAAUGGGCAAAUUUUUUCAUCAGCCGCAAAGGAUUCUCUACAAGGAAUUAUGAAAUCUUUCCUUUCAACGCCCGAGUAAAAUAAAAUAGUAUUGUGAUGCGUUAUUUGUACCUCAUCUCAAGCGUAGUUGUUUACAGCAUGCAUUCUACCGCUCAAAUGUCGGAAAUCAUAGUCCUCAACAGUGGCAGCUAGUAAAUCAAUUUGAUCAGUUAGCCAAUAAUUACGUCUCUUGUAAUACAGAAAUUAAGGGCUGAAACCCUUUAUUUUUAAAAUCUGUUUCUGCUA